CUGCUUCCAGCAUUUGAUCUUUUUCAUUUGGUCUCUUUGAACAUUGCGGCCCUGAUUAGCAGUUCUGGAUUGUAAACUGCCACUAAGCAGACUUGAACACACAGGCCGAGACAAAGCCAGGACCUUGAGUAGAGCUAUGGCUGUGAUGGCCCUGCAGAUCGUUGGGCUGGUGAUGGGGUUCCUGGGUUUGAUCUUGCAGAUUGCCUCCACCUGCUCCAACACAUGGAGAGUGUCCAGCAAUGCUGACUCUGUCAUCUCAGCCACAUGGGUGUUUGAGGGGCUGUGGAUGAACUGCGCUGCCAGUGCUCUGGGCUCUGUGCAGUGCAAGUGGUUCCGCGGCUUGCUGGGGCUGGACAGUUACGUGCAGGGCUGCCGGGCAUUGAUGAUCGUCUCCCUGCUCCUGGGCCUGGCGGGGGUCAUAGUGGCUCUGCUAGGGCUGAAGUGCACCAAAAUCGGCAGCGGCAACGAACAGACCAAGGGCAAGAUCGCCCUGACUGGAGGGGUCUGCUUAAUUGCAUCAGGACUGUGCUGCAUCAUACCGGUUUCCUGGUAUGCAUACCAAAUCACUCAAGAGUUCUACAACCCCAUUUACGGAGGAACCAAGUAUGAGCUGGGGCCUGCUCUCUACAUGGGCUGGGGAGGAGCGAUUCUCGCCAUCCUGGGAGGAGCCUUCCUGUGCUGCUCCUGCACUGGAGGACAAAAGGGAUACAAGUAUGCAGGUCCUGGUCAGCGGAACCAACAAAAUAUCUACAAAGCCUCUUCUGCUGGAGAGACCAAAGCCUAUGUUUAGUCCUUCAACAUCACAAUUUUUCUGUUUAUUUGUUUUUGUUACACAGCUUUUGAGGUCUAGAAAUGAUAGCUUGUUUGGUAUUUUUUGGGGGGUGGGGGGGGGGGGGGUAUGGUUUGUUUUGAUGUGUAAUUGAAACAAUUUUUUUUUUUUUUCCAUAGCAGAAAACAGGAUGUUAAUUACUGCUUUAAAUACAUCAUUUUUAAUAAUAAAAACUUAUUUGGUACCA